CCUGCCUGCCAUGUCUCGCACUAGGCUAUUGUAGGGAUGCUAAUUUCAAAAUCCCCGGAGUCCCCUCGUCGUCGCGCGCAGGUGCCCGACAUUUUCCCAGCCCUCAAAGUACAACUUCCGUGGCCAAUGUUCGCGAUCGCCUGAGUCGCCAAUUCACCGCCCCAUCGGCGGUUGAACCGCUCCUUUGCCCGAAGUCGAAGACGAAGACAAGACGAAGACGACGAAGACGACAAAGUCAAACAAUAGCCGCUCUUUUCCGAUGAUGACAUUUAUCAGCCACUCCUUCACAAUGCGCCGGGCGAUUCUAUUCCUAUGGCUGCUCGCCUGCGCCGCCUCCCCCGCGAUUGCCGCUUCUGGUACCGCCUGGGUGACACCUCACGAGAGCUACUCCUCCUCGGUCGGCGUGCUGGGCUGCAAGAUCAACACAGACCGUGUCGCAUACUGGCCGGGCUCGGUGGACUGCAACAACGUGUGCGUGUCGCUGAGCUACGGGGGGCGGACAGUGUACCUGCUGCGGAUCGACCAGUCCGGCGGCGCGCACGACGUCAGCUACGACGCCUGGAACUACCUUUACACGGGCUACUCUGCGACGUCGAAGCCGACGGCGGGCGGCGAGGUGGCGAUGGAGUACGCCGACGUGGACGCCUCCAAGUGCGCCGACCUGAUACACACAAAGGGCCACAAGCUGCCGUUCAGCGCCGCCAACAGCAUGAACUUCAUCGCCAGCUGCCUCGACCAGAAGGACAGCUGGGUGGCGAAGAACUACCUCAUGUACAACAUCCUCGACCCGCUGUGCACCUGGGGCUACGACGAGCAAUGUACGCUCAACUACCCGGCCGACAACCAGCCCAAGUGCCCCCGCACGCUGGGCACCCCCGCCGCCCUGACCAGCGCCCCGGUCUACAACAUACAAUACCCGUCCGGCAAAAGGGUGCUCGCGGGACAGGUGGCCUCCGUGCCGGGCACGUCCGGGAGCGCGUACAGUCUUGGGGGAUCGCGGGGGAAUAUCAUCCGUCUGGACGCGGUCAGGUGGACGAUGCUCGCGUCCCUACUUUUCUUUUCGCUUCUAUACUCUCUUUAGCCUCGGCGGGGCCACGCUGGGGCGUUUCUUACUUUUUCUCAGCUCGAGAGGGGGCUUUUGGAGAACCGCUCUCCGUCCUGAUACCACCUGUGUAUAUGUGUAUAGCUUAACGAUUCCCUGUUUCUGAUGAGCAACUGGUUCAUCCCUUCGCUAGGUGCAUGUGAUGUGACCAUAUGAUGAUGAGCAUGGAGAGGAUUUGGGGAAGGAAAUGACAAUUCGACAAUCUAACUAGGUAGGUAUUCCGCAUCAGUCAAGUACACGACAUACGACAAAAGCAAACAAAAACAACGCAUUCGCCAAGUAAAGCUAAUAACACAUCGCCCUCUCCUCGACCUCGGC